AUGAUCAAGUCGAUCUCGGCCGUAGCUCUACUAGGUCUGGCUUCUGGCUGUGGUCUCACAUUAGCUUCAUUAACCAGCACUAAUUGGAUGAUAAUUGAUGAUCAAACCUUCAUCGGUCUGUUUUCUAAAUGCAGCAAUUCGCACUGUGAGCACCUCAACUUUACAUUGGAAUCAUUUGGUACAGAAAAACAAUCUCAAUACAAGGCGGUGCGGGGGUUGAUUGUAGCAGGUCUGAUUGUGGGAGUAUGUGGAUUCCUGACCGCUUUAGGUUUCAUCAUUGACGCUGUGAAAGGCAGAGGCGUGAAAAGUAUAACAUUAUUACGAUCUUCAUUAGUACUUAAUCCAUUAGCUGGUGGUGGAGAUGUCACCACACGGGUCCCACCAGAGGUGGCAAUAUCAACACCUCAACCUGUCCCUCUGGAGGCCCACUGCAAUUUCUUGUCUUCGGCCUUUCCGGCCGAUGUGAAGAAUGCCCAACAGGUAGACUCAACCAUCCAGGAGAUCCUACCCUUCCUGACGCCCGGCCACAGAUUACAUUCCUCGACUUUAUCACUCCCAGCCCAGAUUCUCCUGAGACAAAAGUCGAGACUCAGGUUGAAGGACGGUAUCCUACAGCGCACAGUGAAACUGCCAGGUCAAGGGGAAAUCGCACCAUGCGUUAUCCCCAAUCAACUACGACCAGAGGUACUCCGUCUAAGUCACAACGACAACGGCCACCAAGGACCAGACCGCUGCCUGCAGCUGUUACGGCAACGAUGCUACUGGCCGGGGAUGGAGGCAGAUAUACGCCAGUACUGCCAGGCAUGUGACCGCUGCCAGCACGCGAAAAUGACCAGUCUGAAGGUGCACCAGCCUAAAGGUCAUCUUUUGGCCACCAUGCCCCUAGAGGUUGUGGCAGUCGACUUCACCCUGAUGGACAAAGCGGCAGACGGUACGGAGGAUGUAUUGAUUCUCACCGAUGUUUUCACCAAGUGGACAGUUGCUGUUCCGACGAAGGACCAGACUGCCAAAACCGUGGCGAAGGCCCUGGUGCAGAACUGGAUAGUUCACUACGGUGUCCCCAGGCGACUACACUCGGACCAGGGCAAAUGCUUUGGGGCAGCCGUAAUACACGAACUGUGCGACCAUUAUGGGAUACAGAGGUCCCGAACAACGGCAUACCACCCCCAAGGAAACGGCCAAGCAGAGAGGUUCAACCGGACCCUACACGAUCUGCUUCGGACCCUACCUGUUGACAAGAAGAAGGACUGGCCUCGGUACCUGACCGAGCUGGUCUUCCUGUACAAUACAACCCCGCACUCGUCAACAGGUUUCUCCCCGUUCCAGCUGUUGUUUGGGCGUGAGGCAGCCAUCCCCUUGGACCUAUUUUUAAAUCAAGCCCCUCCAGCAAACAGUGGUGGUACUGGAGAUUACCUCCAGGGCCACCUAACACGACUGGCCAGCCUGCACAAACUAGCCCAGGAGAGGCUGCAAAUAGAGGCCACCAAGAGGGACAGACAGGCCAAUAACAGGCCAGCCGCUGAACUGGCCAUAGGCGACCUGGUCCUGUUAAGGCAGCACCCCCUGGGCAGGCACAAAAUGGCGGAUCUGUACGGCCCGACAGUUUACGUCGUGGUCGAAGUACCUCCGAUCACCGGCGGGUGUUACGCCAUUAAGAAGAAAGAUGGCCCUUCUGGCACCCGCCGGGUGGCCAGCACCCAGAUCAGGAGAUAUGUGCCUCCCCGGGCUCAACCACCCUCCCCAAGGCCGGUCAAAGUGAUACCGCCGGCUACUCCAGGCUACAGCCACAUAAUUUAUAAGGUCCAAUUGCCGGGGACCAGAGCAGCCGGUAACCCCACAGUACCUGACAUACCUCUGCGUAGGUCGGUCAGGGAGCGCAGAGUCCCUAGUAGGCUAGACUUGUGAUUGUACCCUGUGGGCUGAUUUUUUUGACAAUGUUUUUUUGUAAAAUUUAUGAUCGUGCCCUGUGGGCUGAUUUUUUUUGCAAGUUCUUUUGCAAAGUUUUGUUUUUUGUAACAUGUAUGAUUAGGCCCUGUGGGCUGAUUUUUUUGCAAGUUCUUCCUGCAAAGUUUUUUGUAACAUUUAUGAUUAUGCCCUGUGGGCUGUUUUUUUCAAGUUUGUUAGCUUGCGGUGACCGCAAGCUUUAGGGGGCGUGUAUGUGAGCGGCUGGAGUGUAUUUUUAUUAUUUGUAACUUAGAAGGCGAAUGUAUCGUUUCGUUUCAUGUCGUAAAUUGUUCGUAUUUUUUUAGUUGUGUAGUCCCGUAUUAUGGCGCCGCUGUCUCACUGUUUAUGUCCCUGGUUAUAGCUAGUUUAUAUAUAUUUCGUUUAUAUUGUUGUCAUUGUUUAUAGUAAGUGUCUUUUUAUAAUAUUCUGUUGCAUGUUUCGUCGUGUUUGGUUUGUUAUCCGUGAAUUAGGGACUAUUUGUUUACGUGUAGCGUGUGAGGUGUGUGGAAGUCGGGUUCCGGCUUGUUCAACUCUGUCUUUUGUGUGUAAAGCUGCGGUGAAGGGAGCAGGCAGUCUCUCUGGUCAUCGGGUGAAAAGCAUAGCAAAUUCGCACCAUCCAGCCAUAUUUAUUUUGUGUUUGUGUUCGUCGUAGUCCUGGUGUCAUUACAAUACUUGGCUCAGUAGUCUUCGCGACAACAAUCUUUCAAAACUCAGAGCACACGUCGGCAACAUCUCUGGGCUAUUCUUUUGGGAUGUCUGUAGCUGGGGGCGUAUUAAAGGCCAUCGCUGGAGUACUUGUUUAUAUUGGUGGACCCAGGACAGUAACAGCUGCUGCUUUUCUGAUUGACCAUCAACAAUUGAGUGGUAUUAACCCCCCACCUAUCUACACACCCCCAACAGAGUCCUACUUGAUUGCUCAGUAUACACCCCCGCCUGCUUACAGAAAUGAGAAAGCUUCACCGCCAUCUUACUUUGAGCAACAUAAUCUACUUCCCCCGCCUUAUGAAGUCUUAACAGAGGAGUCAUCUUGAUCUAUUUGCAACCUACCUAAAAGUGCAAUAUUUUUCAUCUUCUCAUUUUGUAUUGGCAUACAUUUUAGCGACUUUGUAAUGACUACGGCAUACCAAAACUCCUACCUGUAUGUAAAUCAUAUGACAAUUUAAUAGAAUGAGGUUUCCGUGUUACAUGGGCUUUAGAGUUUUCUAAGGAUAGUCCAGUUUCUACUGAGUGUAAUGAAACUGCCACCGUCAAGACACGAUUUUCUGGUUCAAUCAUCUGGCAUUUCGCUAGAGAGGACAUCAAAACUCUUUUUUAAAAUGUUUUUGAAAAAUAUAACAAUUGAAGCUUAUUUUUAUUUUAAUAUUUAAAAUUAAUAAUGUAUUCUAUGCAAUAAAAUGUGCAAAUGC